AUGACUGCUUCGGACCGCGAUCCCCGUCUUGGACCAUGGGCGUUUGAGAUGGACAUCCCGACGCGGUGGCUGGACAACGACCAGUACGGCCACCUCAACAACAGCGCCUACUACCUGAUCGCGGACAGCAUCGUCAACACCUACCUAAUCACGCACUGCGGCAUCGAGCCGUUCCAGCACUCGCCACCCCCGGCGUCCUCUGGCGCAGCUUCGUCGAGCGGCGGGGCAUCGUCGGCGGACGUCAUCGGGCUGGUGAUUUCGAGCUCUGCCAACUACUAUGCGCCCACGUCGUUUCCCUCGAACCUCCGGGUCAAGCUGAGGGCGGUGCACCUGGGUCGCAGCUCGGUGCGGUACGAGGUCGGGGUCUUUGAACAGCCUCUCAAGUCGAUGCUGUUGAGCACCGCUACCGGGAGCAAGGACGCAUCACUGACGGUGCAGAGGGCGGAGGAAGUCGGUGGAGACAAGGGUGGGACCAAGGCGGCGGUCGUGACGCAGGCGACUCACGUCUUUGUCGACCGAGCGUCGCGGCGGCCUGUCAAGGCGAUGCCGGACCAGCUGAGGAGAGGGCUCGAGAGACUGGUGGUGGGUGCGCCAUCUCCGGCUGCGAAGCUUUGA